GUGACUGGUUGUUCGAAUGGAAAAUCAAGGUUAAAAUCAUCGCAUGUUUCCUGAGUGCAAAUGUAAUGAAUCUUUUGCAUUUUGAUUCUGGUGUUAGUGCAACCAUAAAACAAUGUCAUGGCUGGUUGAGGAACUUUUUAUGAAUGGUGUGGAGUAUAAUUAAUGAUGAAUCACUUUAUGGAGGUGACAUACAGCUAUUUUUAUUCGCUUUAUCAAUAUUUUAGAGCAACAUGGCCGAUAACGAUCAUCUAUGGUCAGAUUUAUAAGGAACUAUCAUCCACCACAAAGGAAGUUCUCAUACAAUGCAUUGCAAAAAUACAGGAUGAAUCAGCACAAGAGAAAGAUGUGAUUGCUUUGAUGAAAAAUUUACCAGAAGAUGAAGAUCUUUUGAGUGUUGUUGACAGAAAUAAUGGAUUUGAUGUUCUCCAGCAUUCUGUUAUUCGCAGCUACAAAGGGGUGGUGUAUAUGCUGCUUAGCAAGCGCUGCAAUCCAGAUCGAUAUCAUUGUACACCCCCAGUCCAUUUAGCAGCCUAUCUUGGAGAUGUUGAUCUUCUGAAACUUCUGCUACACUCAGGUGCUGGCUACACCAAAGCCUGUGGAAUGUGCUACCCAGAAUCACAUCUGCCGACUUCCUAUGCUAGUUCCUAUUUUGGAUUCACCCAUUCUCCAGUAUAUAAAUGUCACAAAGAAGAAAUCACUCCAAUUUUCUGUGCCAUAGUGAAAAACAAUGUAGAGUGCUUGAAAGUGUUGAUGGAAAAGAGCAUUUCCCUGAACAAAAGGCCUAGUCCCAUUUCUUUACUUUUACAAGCCUGUCAAGCCGGAGCUGCCGACAGUAUGAAAUAUUUUAUCCAAAAAUAUCCAGAAUGCAUUAACCAAUAUGGUCACAAUGGCGACACACCUUUGUUGACGGCUGUUCGAUGGGGUAGAGAAUGUGUAAAAAUCCUGGUGGAUAAUGGAGCAGAUGUACAUUUGAUCUCCAAGGGCAUUAGAGAAACUGCUUUACAUCGAUUGUACCGAGCCAGUAGUGAUGGCCUGUUCACGAUUUAUGACACAACUAAGUAUCUUCUAACGACAGGCAUCGAACAAGAUAUAAACUUUAUGACAUCAUUAGGUGAAUCGCCUCUACAUAUGUUGAUAUCGCAUGUUUCUUAUAUCGGUGGCAAUUUUGAAGAUCCAAGUCAGCAAAAUAAACGAAGCCAAGUCCAGAGUGAUUAUCAAGAACAGGUUGUCAAUACUUGUAGAGAAAUAUUGAAAUUUAAUGCAGAUCCGCAUCUUUUAAAUGCACAUGGGUUACAGCCUCUAAGCCGUAUGCUUCAUAUUGCACUAAAAUCCUGUAAUAAAACUCUCAAACCAACUUGUGUGCAGACAGCAAGUUUUGAUUAUGUUAUUGUUGAUUAUCGUAAUGAUUUUAACACCCUUCACAAAACCAUGUCUGUUUUGUUAGAAUACAAAGCUGAUGCUGGUUUUACAUGUUCCGAGGGACAUACCCCUCUUAUAUUAUUGUUACAAUGUCUUAUUUAUGAAGAUAUGAAAUUAUUGUGCCAACAGGCAGAAGACGUUUUGCAUUGUGUGGAAGUUCUAGUCGAAAAUGGUGCAAUUGUAAAUUUUGUUGCUGGUAAUGAUGUUACUUGUUCUACUAUAAUGGCUGCCAUUUGUAAGCGAUUCUUUACCCGUGAAACGGAUCUCGGUCAACCAAUUAGCGAAGAAACCAGAUUCAAGUUUGCUAACUUAGCAAAUGAUAUUCUGAUUGUGUUGUUUAAAUAUGGCCUUGACCCUAAUCAUGUAACAUCAAAGGUAUCUCAGUAUCCUAAGGGAGGCACAGGCAAUGCUUUGAUAGAAUUUGUUCGCUUAACAGAACAUGCUACUUCCCAAAAAGAUUUUUCCAUUAUUCUUAUGUGGCUUAAGACUUUAUUUGUGUGGGGUGCUAAUCCCAACAUUGAACCGUACCCGUCUGAACCUGUUAUUUUUCACUCUCAGAGUUCCAUAUUCUUAAAGAGACACAGUACCCAGCCUGUUAAUCAUUAUAUAACAGAAGUCAAAGAACGUGAGUCAUUGUUCUCAGAUGGGCAUGCUGAACAACUUCUUCUUUUGUUCUAUAAUACAAUGGAUCACAAAAUACUUUUUGAAUGUUUGAAUGUGACAAAAUCAAUGGUGCGCUUUCAUCUGUUUGAUGAUAACAGAAAGGACUUUCUGAGUUUAAUUAACAACUUGACUGAAAAUCCUCGAAGUUUGAGACAAAUGUCACGAAUUUCUAUCUAUCGAUCGUUAAACAUGAAGAUUGCAGCCAAUGUGGAUAUGCUCCCUUUACCUGGAGCUCUUCGACAAUAUAUGCUGGACCUCCAGUCUCCUUGAAAACAACUGAUUUUGACUCACCAAAUAUUUUGGUGUAUUCAUAUUGACAAUUUGAGCUUGAGUGAUUUAUUUUUGUGUUGAACCGUUUUUGUCUCCAUUUGAUUGACCUUACAGUGCUAACAAUUUGACUUGGCAAUAUGUAUAAAUAUGUUUUCUUUUAAGGGUAAACAAAGCUUUAAAUUAAAUACCAUAUUAUUGGAAGAAAAACUUUUCUUUGAAUCGUAUUGUAUUGUAAAACAUGUGUGGGAUAUUUUGUUGUAUUGCAAAAAUUAUUGAAGUGAUAAAAUUAUGAGUAAUAAUUUUAUCGCUGUGCAGAUUUGUGUAUUGUAUGUUGAUGAAUAAUGAAUGGUUUUAAUUCUUAUGAUUUAUAGAAUAAUGUGCAAUUUAUUAUUAUACAUCUAAACCUAUUUGGACUUUUGUAGUCCUUAUUGUUGACUGAAAUCUUUCUGCUUACAUACCUGUAGGUUAUAUCUGUCAAUGCAUUUAUUUUUUCAAAGCGGUAAAUUUAAUCAUAGUGCUAUGUGGUACAGCAGGUUCAAUCCAUAAGGAUUUAUCUAGAAUUAUUCUCAGUUAAAGUCGCUGACCGGCAUUUUAUUUUUGAUAAUAUGUUGAUAUUAUUUUUCCCUGCUUAAUCCCUAUUAAAAUGUAAUCUAGUUGAUUAUUUAACAUUUAUCAAUAUGGCUACUAGCUAGGAUUCAAUCAGAUAAAAAUAAAAGGCUUAUCAAAAUUUGUACUAAACACAAAUAUAGUAUACAUGGUAUGAAAUUUUCUAUUCAUGAUAUCUUUCUAUGAAUAUUGUAUGGAAUUGAUCUAAUUUUUGAUCACAGAUAUUAAUUUUAGAGAUUCAACUUUCACAAUAUUACAGUUUGCAAGGGAUUCAAAAUAAUUCAAAGGGUGAUCAGUGGCUUUACAACAUGUAUGUUAUUUAUAUUUAUGGAUGGAAUGAGAUACUUCAUUGAACAUACAACCUGUAUCAGGUUAAAUUUCUCUUAAACAAUGAUAUAUUAUGCUUUUUCCUGUACCUUGUUUUAACAGUAUUAUUUUAUUUGUCAAAGUACAAUUUUUGAUACUUUUCGAGUUUGAAAUUGUUUCUUUCAAUUUUGCAAAUUACCUUUUAAAUAUUAUGGAUGCACUAUGGAAUAUUGAUUUAUGAGUAUUUAAAUUAAAUUGAACGUGGAUUUCGACAUAUAUUGUCGUCAGUUGUCUGGACAGAGCACAUUGGCAUAGAGAGUCUGGCAAGGAACAGCAUCUAGGUGUGUACACAUUGGUUUGCACGUAAAAGAGCCAAUGACAGUUGGAAUUCAAAAUAAGUGUUUGUUGUAGCGCGGAUGUCCGGAAAAAAAUUACCCUUAUAGUACACUGCAUGACGUAUCCCGAGAUAGAGCUACUUUUCUAAUGAUUUCAAAUUUUAACACAAUUCGUCAGUUAUUCAAAGAGUUACUGUCCUUGUCCUAGAAACAAUGUCUUUGAAACACUUUUCAUCCUUUGGGAAUAAAACAUUGCAUACUUAUAAUCCUUGAAAUUUGAAAUAAGUGUGAAUUUUUUAACAUAUUUCGUAUAUUGGUUAAGACUAUCUUGAUAAUCUUUUCUAAGCAAAUUUUUUCUACCAAAUUUGAUAAAAUAUUGUAGGUAUGUGCUCGAAUAAGAACAUCAGCUGUUAUUUAUUGCCAA